CGGCGGGAACGCGGGGAACAACGCGGGGAACAACGCGGGGAACACUGGGAGAGACGCACGUCCCCACACAGGUUCCCUCCGCGGCUUUAGUUCUGUUGGAGGAACAUGGAGCCGUUUAUGAGCUUUUCUCUCAGCUCGAUGGAAAGAAGAACGUUUUCCAGGUGGAGUUGUUCAGGAUUUUACUCUUUUUGUUCAUCUCGCCAUGAGGGGACACUUCUCUAUCGAGUGGAUGUCCCAGAGCAGCCAGCUCGCAGGAGCCCAGACCGGAGGACCGGGACCGGGACCGGGAGCCGCCGCCUGCGGGACUCAUUCGGAGAGUCUGCCGGGUUUUUACUGCAAGAUCAAAUCAGAAAGUUCCUCAAAGCGCCGAGCAGCCCGGAGCCCGGCGCCCCGGCCCCCCAGCAGCCACGUGACUGAAGUCGGCUUCAGCAGCGGGACGGAGGAGGAAGAGGAAGAGGAGGAGACCUCUGGCUACGAGAGCGAAGGGGGUCGCUCCCUCUCCCCCGCCGCCCCCACCACCUCCCCCUCCCCCUCCUCCUCCCAGGCGUCUCCCCCGUUGGGGCGGAGGCCUCGCACGGCCUUCACGGCGGAGCAGAUCAGCAGCCUGGAGAAGUCCUUCAAGAGGAACGCCUACCUGGGAACUCAGGACAAGGCGGAGCUCUGCAAGAAGCUCCACCUGUCGGACAAACAGAUCAGAAACUGGUUCCAGAACCGGCGGAUGAAGCUGAAGCGGACGGUUCAGGACGCCAUGGCUCACGCGUGCCACGCCACCGUGGCCUCCCAGUUCAUGCACCUCCCCGAGCUGCAGGCCUACCGGCCGGGCCCCUACCUCCGGUACCACGAGAGUCCGGGCUCCUACCACCGGUACCACGAGGGCCCGGCGGCCUUCGGCCCCCCACCGGGCCUCCAGUACGGCGCCGCCCUGCCCGGUGGCCCCGCCCUGGACUCCUUCUACCAGUACGGUGUGCUGCCCCCCCCAGGGGCCACGACUCCUCUCCUGGGCUCCUACGCGACUUACCCCCAGUACUACUGAUCCUGGGACCUGGACCUGGACCGGGACCGGGACCUGGACCACCCUGUCGGACACAGACUGUAUUGAUUGUUCCCCAAUAUGAAUAUCAGGGACGUGGAGCUGGACUCAAACAGGGUGUUGUGCAAUAGUGUGCGUGUGUGUGCGCAUAUGCAUGUGUGUGUGUGCGUGUGUUUGUGUAUAGUUUGGAUAUAUUUAAAUUGUUUUUGUGUUUUAUUUGAUAAUUUGUUGUUUCUUUAUGUCUCGCUAAAAUAAAAUCACUAUUCAAACUUU